CUGCCAGUGAGUUCUUGACAGUCCUGUCUUAGGAUUCCGAUAUUAAUGAAACAUCUUUGCAAAGGGUUGAAGUGUCUUCCUGAAUUGUAAACUCAUUAAUGAAGCAUGCAGGCCUGUGUUGAACAAGACAAGCUGGGUCAAGCCUUUGAAGAUGCUUUUGAGGUCCUGAGGCAACAUUCAACCGGAGAUCUUCCGUACUCCCCAGAUUACAAAAAUUACCUGGCGUUCAUCAACCACUGCUCUCAUAUCAGAGGGAAUUCCAACUGCUAUGGUAUGCUGCCUGCAGAGGAACCUGUCUAUAAUUGGAGAACAGUAAUAAACAGUGCUGCGGACCUCUAUUUUGAAGGAAAUAUUCAUCAAUCUCUGCCAAACAUCCCUGAAAACCAGCUGGUACAGCCUAGUGUUCUCCAUCAAAAGGGAGGAAAAGGCAGGAAGAAGCUUCGACUGUUCGAAUACCUUCAUGAAUCCCUGUGUAAUCCUGAGAUGGCAUCUUGUAUUCAGUGGGUAGAUAAAACCAAAGGCAUCUUUCAGUUUAUGUCAAAAAACAAAGAAAAACUUGCCCAACUUUGGGGGAAAAGAAAAGGUAACCGGAAGACCAUGACUUACCAGAAAAUGGCCAGAGCACUGAGGAAUUAUGGAAGAACUGGGGAAAUCACGAAAAUCCGGAGAAAACUAACUUACCAGUUCAGUGAAGCUAUUCUCCAAAGACUCUCGCCAUCUUAUUUCUUAGAAAAAGAGAUCUUCUACUCACCCUAUGUUCAGCCAGAGCAAGGGUUUCUCAGCCUCAGUAACUGGAAUGCAAAUUAUAAUUGUACAUAUGCUGAUUACCAUGAGUUAAGCCACCCUGACUGCUAAGUUUUCUCUUACAUUUCAUGAUUUCCUGACAUCCCUACCAACCUGAAAUCCCUACCAAUUUCAGGAUUUUUCUCUUAAAGCAAACACUGAAAAGGAAGAAACAAUUAACUUCAUUGUUUCUUUUAAAUAACAUAUAAUCUCUAUAGUCAUGAUGAAAAAAAAAUCUGCCAGUAAACAGAUUUAAGUUUAAAUGACCAAGUCCUAUUUGAAAGCAUAGACUAAAUGUCCUUGCUCUUACUUUUGUCUAUGCAAUUCUUCUAGAUAAACAAUGCUGGUAGAGAUGAUUUGACUCAUUGAUUUAAACAUUGUUUUCCUGUCAUACACUCAAGCCAAAAAAAAAUCACUUGUAAUAUAUAUCUGAUGGCUUUAGUGACAAAAUAAAAUAAUUGCAUAUAAUAGUCUUCAUGCUAAAAUAUACUCAUGACUUUAAAAACUAUAUAUUUUUUCUGCACUUCAGACUUUAUGUGGCACUAAAGAAAUGAUCUAAGGAUCUAAGGAAACUGCCACCUACCUUAAUGAUAGUAGAACACCAAAGCUUACACUUCCCACAAAUCAUUUCCUGGCGUUUCUCCCCUAGGGUAGAUCCAGGAGCU